UUCUUUCUUAGCAACAGUGAGCCAGCACAAAGACAAAAUCCAGCACAGCAAUGGCAGCUAAACAGGUUGAGGCAUCUGACAAGAAGUCCAGCAGCUUCAAGGUCCGGGCUGUGGCACAUGUUUUGGCCACAUACCAUUUGGUACUGAGCAUUAUUCUUUUCAUCGAAUAUUCUGUUGAACUGGCCAGAAGAAAGAGCUGCUGCCUUGAGAUCAGCAAUUAUAUUCGCCUUGAUAUCAUCUCCAGUUAUCUUCUGCUUGGGGUCUUACUCCUGAUCAGCAUCGCUUUUUUAUAUGGCGUUAUGGUGAGCCGGAGAUACUUGGUUAUGCCAUUUUUGGCUUUGCAGGCAAUGGAUUUCAUCCUAAGUUUUCUGAUGUUCUGUAGUAUUUACGGCGAAAUGCCUUCCAGCCAUGCAUCUAUCACUGAUGACAAAAUGGUAGGUAAUUUCCGAACCUGA